CUUACUGUUUGCCAUAGUAUUUACCUGAUACGUCAUCUUGUAAACAAAUCUUCAUUGUAAAUGAUGUUACAACUAUAUCAAUUAAUCUGUUAUUAUUAAGAUCAGUGGGUAUCAAUCUGUAAUGGUGAUCAAUCUACGCAAGUUAGUACUAGUUUCUGAAAAUGAAAAUACUUAUAAUUGUACUACUAUUGUCCAUAGUGCAAUCCUCCCAGCAGUGUGAUUGUAAGGAUGACUCUAUUUACAUCAAUGGGGAAGAAAUUUCUGGGAACCUAUGUACAGCAGAAACAAUAAUAUCAGUUCUAGUCGAGAAUGUUAAAGACGGACCGGAAGGGUUUCUGGUAUUCAAGGUCAAACUUCUAGAUCAACCACUGAGGGGCAAUUUAGACGGAAUAGGUGGACUUCCAACCAAAGAUGAUAAAAACAAAGACGUUUCACUAAAUCUUUAUAUGCCAGUACCUGACCAAAUGUGCCACUCGGAUAUUGUUUUGUUUGAAAGGCACAAAUAUGUUAUUUCCGUGGACAAAGAAGACAAGUACCUGGUAUUGAAUUUAUGUAAUUUCGCAGAGGAACUCGGCAACAUUUCUAAAACCCAGCGGGAAGUCAUUGGAAAGGGAUGUCCAAGAUAAACAAUUCAUCAUCUCUAAGACAAUAUUUAUUUCUCAAAAUUAAGGUGAAAUAUAAGAGUUCAAAGAUGUUCAAAGAUGUAAAUGCUGACUAAUUUGAUGUAUAAUUAUUUUUUGUAAAGGCGGGAAAUGACAGGGGGUCACAAUUUUCACCUACCCAAUUAAGAUUUUAUUUUGUUUAGAGUGAAAUUGCAAGACGAAUUUCCAUUAUAUUGAAUCUCCACUUCUAAUUUUUAUUCAACUGUUUAAUACAAGUAAGUGUUUUUAUACAAUAUAGUGGGAAAUUCAUUUUAACGUCAUCUAAUGGAUGAACACGUGGUUAGCUGUAACGGGUAAAAAUUUCCAUUCCCUGUUUAUAUACAUGUAGUUAUCUUAUAUAAAUAAAGUAUACCACAAGCUAA